AUGGACGUUGAGUUUAUAAGACACAAAUAUGAAGAUAGUUAUGAUGGAGUUAUCACAAGAGCAAAGUUCAAGAUCGGCGUUCGUCAUGUUCAAAUGAUUUACAUGAUUCUAUGUUCUUUAACAAUGGGUAUGAUGAGAAGUAGCAACAGUAUCGCAAUCAUUGCUGUUGCAGACGAUACGAUGAACAAUAAAACCAUUGUUCCGAUACAUGAUUGGGACAGGAGAAUUCAAGGGACAAUUUUGUCAUCUUUUUUCUUUGGCUAUGCGUUAUUAUUGUUACCAGCUGAAGUGUUUUUGAAGCAAGUUGGUGAUAAGUUAAUAUUAACAGCUGUUCUGCUUAUUAACGGAGCCUUAUCUGCUGCUAUGCCAACUAUUGUUAACAAGGGAGGAUGGAUUGCCGUCUGCAACGCUGAAUUUUUAACAGGAAUGACACAAGCUUGCCUAACUCCAAUAAAUCAGCAACUAAUUUCGAACUGGCUUCCGCCCAAUGAAAGGAGAUUAUUUGGAAAUCUCAUCCAAGGAGCUAUUCUACUUGGGACCAUCAUAGCCUUACCCAUAUCAGGGUUACUAUCUCAAGCGCAGCUGGGUUGGGAGCUGAUAUUUUACACAGAAGCCAUGAUAACGUUAUCCAUGGCUGCAAUGUGGGUACUCCUAACAGCGAGCACACCAGAUCGGCACCAGGCAAUGGGAGAUACUGAAAAAGAAUUCAUUAAACAAGCACUAGCGUGUUACAAAAAGAAAAAACUACAAAAACCGUGGCGACGUAUUUUAAAAUCGAAGGGGUUUUGGGCGGUAGCGUCCGCUCAUUCUGCUGCCAGCGCUACAUUUGUUUUCUUUUUAGUGAAUAUUCCAGCAUUUUUAUUUUCCUUCAACUCCUCUUUGAAAACUAGCUGCUGGCAAACAUCGCUUCCGCUGGUCUCGGCGUGGGCAGUUUACAUAUUAACUUCGCCCACAAUCGACAUUAUUUACAGAAUUGGCUACGCAGAUUUCCUAUUUGACAUUAAAUAUUUUCGGAAAAUCAUUAAUGGCUUAGGAUCUUCUGGGAUUUUCAUAGGAUUGACGAUAUUGCCUAGUUUGGCCUCUCAUUGGGAUCACUGGGGUGUCAUCAUGUUAAUCGGCACUUUGGGUUCCCUAGGUCUGCAGUUUUCGGGAUUUCUCAGAAAUAUCAGUGAUAUGACACAAAACUAUGCGGGUACAGUAGUAAUGAUGUCCUCCAUUGUGUCAAGUGUCGUUGGAGCGUUGGUGCCGUUGAUAUCUGGUUUCAUCAUUGGAAAUGAUUCGAAAGAUAUAGAACGUUGGAGGAUGGUCUUCUUGACGAUAGCAUCCUUCAACGUCGGCUGUAAUAUAAUAUACACGGUGUUCGCGAGUAACGAGCGACAAGAUUGGGAUGACGUCGGAAAACAGAAGUUCGGAUACAGUAAUGAUGUAACAAAUCUAGAACUCGAAGAAUUAAGCCACACGAAAACGGCAAUGCGAAACCCAGAAAGCGACAAUUUAUUAUGAUUUAAUGUUCUCAAAUAUAUUCCUGUGUAUUGAUAAUUCAUAUGAUAUCCCUAUAUAUAAUUGUAUAUACAAUAAAUUGUUAAGAAAGCAAAAUAAAGAAGAAAACUUUUA